AUGCAGUUUGUACGCAAGGUCGAAGAGGCCCUGACUAGCAACAAGGACGAGUCGCAUGAGUCGACUCAGUCAUCCAACCAUGGACCUCACAAGUCAAACUUGGCCAACAAGCUCGACCCCCGCGUCGACAGUGACAAAGACAACCGUGCUGCCCACACCGAUGCGACUGGCGCUGGUCUUGGAUCUACUACCCAUGGCACAACCCCUGCUACAGGCACCCACAGCUCUACCUUGGGCUCUGGCAAUACACACAGCACCUCAGGUGUGACUAGCACCGGUGCUGGUCUUGGAACAACCCACGGUACUACUGGCAGCACCAAUGCCGGCCCCCACAGCUCCAACAUCGCCAACAAGGCCGAUCCCCGUGUUGACUCUGACCGCGACAACCGUGCUCGCCACGAGGGACUCACCGGUGCUAGCACCGGUGCCGGUCUUGGAUCUACCCAUGGUACAACCGCUGGCACACACAGCUCUACCCUAGGCUCUGGUACUACUCACGGUACUACUGGUAGCACCAAUGCCGGCCCCCACAGCUCCAACAUCGCCAACAAGGUCGAUCCCCGUGUUGACUCUGACCGCGACAAUCGUGCUCACCAUGAGGGACUCACAGGUGCUAGCACCGGUGCUGGCCUCGGAUCUACUCAUGCUACUGGCACUACACAUGGCACUUCAGGUGUGACUGGCACUGGUGCCGGUCUUGGAUCUACCCACGGUACAACCGCUGGAACACACAGUUCUACCCUAGGCUCGGGCACUACUCACGGUACUACUGGCAGCACCAAUGCCGGCCCCCACAGCUCCAACAUCGCCAACAAGGUUGAUCCCCGCGUCGACUCCGACCGCGACAACCGUGCUCGCCACGAGGGACUCACCGGCGCUAGCACCGGUGCUGGCCUCGGAUCUACUCAUGCUACCGGCACUCACGGCUCGACCCUGGGCUCUGGCACUACACAUGGCACUUCAGGUGUGACUGGCACUGGUGCCGGUCUUGGAUCUACCCACGGGACCACCGCUACAGGCACUCACGGUUCGACUCUGGGCUCUGGAACUGGCGCCACCCACAGCGCUUCUCACAGCGCUCCCAUUCCCACCCCCGGCAGCAGCAGCACAAAUGCUGGACCCCACAGCUCCAACCUCGCUAACAAGCUCGACCCCCGUGUUGACUCGGAUCGUGACAGCAGUGCUCAACACCAAUCUGCUUUCGCUGGUACCGGUGCUGGUACUACUACCCAGGGUUCCCACACUCGUGGUGCUACUGCUGCGCCCACUGGCUCGGCGCUUGGUGGCUCCGGUCUUGAUACUGCUGGUCGUCAGGAUGCUCUUGCUGGUAGCAGUUACAAUACUCCUGCCACUGGAACUACUACUGGUACCACUACUGCUCCUCAUAGUUCAAACAUUGCCAACAAGAUUGACCCCCGUGUCGACUCGAGUGUUACCCGUGCUGAGAAUGAGAGUCUUCACCGUCAGAUCUAG